UUCAAACGUUGAGAGCACCGGUGUGCAGGGAUUCAACUAUCGAGACGUGUCAAAACCUGCCUUCAGCGUUGGACGAGUUCCCAGAAAUAACAGGGAGAUUCUGGUGAAUUUCUAAUAAUAUUUAAUAAUUUUAAAGUGAGUCGUUAAGGAUGUCUGUGCUAGCUACGACAGCCACGGUCUCGCUGGACGAUGAUGCUGCUGAUACUUCUCAUCUUCAGGCCAAACUCGUUACAUCGUUGGAGGGAAAUGGAAUCACUUCAGGUGACAUCGCCAAGUUGAAGGAAGCUGGUUAUUACACAGUGGAAUCGGUGGCCUACUCCCCGAAAAAGGCUCUGCUAGCCAUCAAAGGUAUCAGUGAAGCCAAAGCGGACAAGAUCCUCCAAGAGGCCUCAAAACUAGUGGUAAUGGGAUUCAAGAGUGCCACUGAGUUGAACUUAGUCCGCCAGAAUAUUGUGUACAUCUCCACAGGCUCGACUGAGCUGGAUCGACUCCUCGGAGGUGGGAUCGAGACAGGUUCCAUCACCGAGAUUUUUGGUGAAUUUCGUACGGGAAAGACCCAAUUGGUCCACAGUUUAGCUGUCAACUGUCAGUUGCCAAUUGAAAUGGGUGGAGCUGAGGGAAAGUGUCUCUACAUCGACACCGAGGGUACCUUCAGGCCUGAGAGAUUGAGUGCCAUUGCCCAGAAAUACAACAUUCCUGGGGAAAAUGUUUUGGACAAUGUGGCAUGUGCUCGUGCCUACAACACAGACCAUCAGAGCCAACUGCUCAUUCAGGCCAGUGCCAUGAUGACAGAGUCUCGUUAUGCUCUUCUGAUUGUCGACAGUGCAAUGGCACUUUACAGAACUGAUUUUUCGGGGCGGGGAGAGCUGUCUGCUAGGCAGAUGCAUCUAGCCAGAUUCCUGAGGAUGCUCCUGAGGAUUGCUGAUGAACAUGGGGUGGCUGUUGUCAUCACGAAUCAGGUGGUUGCCCAGGUGGAUGGAGCUGCCAGUAUGUUUGGAGGGGAUCAGAAAAAACCUAUUGGGGGUAAUAUCAUUGCCCAUGCCAGCACCACCAGGCUCUAUCUCAGGAAGGGCAGAGGGGAAACAAGAAUUUGCAAGAUUUAUGACUCCCCAUGUCUACCGGAGAGUGAAGCCAUGUUCGCUAUUUUACCUGAUGGCAUUGGGGAUGUUAAGGAGUAGAGUCCGAACGUUCAUUGAUUUCCACACUUGAGGGAAGUGGAAAAAUUUUGAUAAAUUUUUGUGGAGUGGAGGUCCAAAGAAAAGGAUCAACAUGAACUUCACUGUCUCUCUCUAUCUCUCUUUAAUUUCGGAAAUGUUCCUUGAAAAGGCAACUAGAAUUUAAUUGACUGACCCUUGUUCACGACAUCACUACAGAAUAUUUUCUAAUUGUUUAAUAAUUUUUCUUGGAGAAUCAUACGUUUUUGGGAGGGAUUUGAAGAAUUUUAUGACAAUACUUGAAGACUGAAUUUGUCCCAGUAAUUUCCACUUCACAAUCAAUAAGAUGAUCAUGAUUCCCAAUUAAAAAUCCGCCACUCCAUAUCAUUGAGAACUUAUCCAAUAAUUUUAUAAACCAUCUGCACCUUUAUCAGGUAUAAGGCUGAACCCUUGAUAGCGGAUUUUGAAAAAUCAUCUGUAAGCGUGGGUAUAUUUUUCUAUUUUUUGUUUUCUAAUGACUAAAUUAUUUUGAGAUUCGACCUAAAUACUAAUGUUUUUCUUCUUCUUGUUAAGAACAAAAUAAUGUACAAAGAUAGGUAAAAAAGAAUAGAGUAUUUUUCAACUCA